AACGUCGCUAUAGAAACGAGAAUGGCUACAAAACCUGCUGGUCGACGUCCUUUCGCCAGAUUCAGUCGCUAUAUUUGCACGGCUAACGUGGGAAACGUAGAUAUAUGUUGGGUUUCACGCCGCUACAACCCAACAGAUCUACGCCACACAGCUCCUGUGCCUCGCUUCAAAUUAGCAGGCCUAGCCAAUGUCCACGCACCGGUACCACCCAGUCAUUGGGUCGCAGAGGUCGAAGCUCCCUUGCGAUCAUUCUCUCGUGCGCCGGAGGAGAGGCCGGGAGGCUACACAUCGUCCCCUUCUACCCGGUCUGAGGAGUGGUCAACGCUUCGAGAAAUGCUUCCGUCGAGAGGCUGGUCUUUGCCUAAAAAACCUCCACGAUGGGGGUUGGGUGGAACGGAUCCACCAAUUAGAACAGACCUCAAGCAGCGUCGAUUUCCGCAUACAAAUAGCGCAAUGACAAACUAUGUUGAUGAAAUGCGUCUCACCAAUCGGCUAGCCAUACUCCAACCAACUCCAAUAUGAAGUGAAUUAUACUGUGGCGAUGUCGACGUCUGUUGUCCACUGUGAGCAUAUGAACAUAUCGAUCUGAUGUGAUGACAUUAAUUAGCUAGCUACACAAGGAACCAGCCUGAAGUAAUAACAGAGUAACCAAAUUAUUCUGUCUAGAUAUUCAAUAUACCUAUGUUACUAUGCAAACG